UGUCAAAUAUAAAUUUAAUAUAAAAAACAGCAGAUAAACAGAUUAUUAUAAAAAAGAAUUUUAAGCCGCAGUUAAAAUAUUAUUUUUUUGAUAAUUUAACUUGCAAUAAAUUUUGUUUAUUUUAUAUUUAAUUGGAAUUUACUAUAAUGUCAUUUUAUAGUGUGCACAUUCCACAAAAGCCCAGCUUAGAUCCAGUGGUUAACAAUGGACGUGCAUGUGUUUUUCGGGUAAAAAGCGAAGCUCUAAAAGUAUUAAAGCAACAUAAAGACGCCCGACUCAAGGUAUUUUCAAACACAGAUGAUGCUGAAAACUAUGCAGAAACUGGCUACGAAGUAUGCCAAUCUAAAUAUUCAGACAUAAAAGCAAGCUCACCAGUGAAUCUUGAAAAACCAGCAUAUCGUGCUCCAACUAAACAAGAACUAACUGAAUUUCGUAAAGUUAUCGAAUCGGGUGAUUGCGAUAAAGUUUACACAAAAAUCUGGGACAAUCCAAGAUUUCUAAUCAGUUCGGGUGAUACACCAACAUCACUGAAAGAAGGCUAUCGCUACAAUGCCAUGCAUAUUUGUGCUUUAAAUAGAAAAUCUCAAAUUGCUGCACUAAUACUCGAAACAGUUAGUAAUCUAGCAUUUAUUGAAUUGGUUUAUGGCAAAAAGAAUCAAAAAGUUUGCAUCGAAGCGAGUGCAAUCAUAUUGGAUUAUUUUUUAAAUAUGCCCGAGAAGGGAAGAUGUGAGACUCCAUUGCAUUUAGCAGCUAAAAUAGGAGCUGUGGAAGUUGUUGAAGUUUUGACAUCAUAUCGCCAAUGUAAAAUGACAUUAAAUAAUGAGGGUUUAUUGCCAAAGGAUAUUAUUUGCUCACGUGAUCCAAAUGGAAGUCCUGAACUGAGAGAAAAAAUUGCAUCACUUCUCGAAGAACGGUUUUAUGUUCCCGUUAUUCGUUCUGCCAACAAUACUGUUCCUCCGACGAUAGGACAACCAUUUUCAACAAAUAAUCCACCGAAUCUCAAUUCAGACCCAAUGAGUCCCGAAGUUGAAAUUCAAGCUGUGGCAGGACCUAUGAAUAAAGAACAAGCAAAGAAAUUUUGCCGUCGCUGGAAGACUCCUCCUCGUAUGUCUGGUAAUUCCCUACCACUACCAGAUAGCCCAUUCAAAAGCCCAGUCCGUUUUAGUAGUACUCCAACAAAACUUACACCAAAAUCAAUAAAUAAUUCCUUCCCCCUAACUCCAAAUCGAAAAUAUGUCUUGAACAAUAAACAAUCACAAAAUAUUGAUGAAACUGAUUUGAACAACACAAACAAUUCAUCAUUCAAUAAUAAAUUAAUUGAGGACAAUAACAAUGGUGGAACCUAUGAAAAUGGUCUCCUCAAUUCAAAUUGCCUCACAACACCAUAUCGCAAAAAGGACCUCUUCUCAAUGUUUCGUGAGAAUAAUAUUGCAUCACCAAUUAUUUUGAAUUUUAAUGAUUCAAUUACAUCAAAUACCCUGCUGGCAGAUAGAACUUGUGGUGAUCCCUAUGAUAGUCCUGGAUUUAAAGAACGUCAUCUUAAAUUAAUGGAUGCUGAAAAAGGAUUCGAAAUUAUUGGCCGUGAAUUGGCCAAAGAACAAAAUGUCGAAUGGAAAGAAUAUUGGGAUUUCUUGGGAAUAUUUGUUGAUAUUGCUUCAGAGAAAGGAUUGAAAAAAUUUGAACACUUUUUGGCACAAAAAGACAAGGAAAAUAAACCACAAGUUGCUGUUGUAAAUAAUAAAAAUAAAGAACUUCUCGAUGAUUUAUGUACAGCUUUGGAUAAGCUAAAUUUGCGCACUGAAACACAAUCUACUGUGGAAUACGAUAAUGACAGACAAAUUUAUAAUAAAUCAAUAGCAAACAAUGCCCCACAAUUAACAAUGCCUUACACCUGUGUCGAAAAGUCAUUGCAAGUGUUUGCCAAACGAAUGACUAAAAAUUUACUACACAAUAUCGAUAGCAUUGUUUCGAUUAAUGAUGCCUUCCUUUCCGAAUUAAAAAGACUGAAAUCGCUAAUAGUUAGCUUUAUGGAUGAUGCCCGUUUUUUGAAUGUGAAUUUUACAAAAGUUCACUCGAGAUUUGCUUUCUUAAUUGCUAGCUAUCUAAAUGAUGCUCAGGGUAUUGAUACAAAUAAUAAAUCGAAAAUUCAAAAAUGUCUCCAACAAAUAAUCUCUUCGCCUGGAGAUAGAAAAGAGCAUUUGCAAUGUGUUUGCAAUAAAAUGCUAUUCUAUAUGGAUGGCAAUAUUGGUAUUAUUCAGCCUGAAAAUCUAAAGACCGAGGAAAAUUGCAUGCAAACUUGGUUAAAAGAAUCUAAAUGUGAUUGCAAAUGGGAUAGUGUUUUAAGUCGUAGGGAGAGUCGUCGGUCACGGAUUGAAUCACGCAAAGCGAGAUCACCACCACCGCCAAUGAAUCGUGUUGAUGAUGUCAAAUCAAAGGAAUGGAGAUCACAUUCGACUGAUACGUUAGACAGUUCAGUGGAUGAUGAUGAUGAUGGCGAAGAUGUAUUUUGGUCGGAUUUAGGUUCAGAUGAUGAUGGUGAUGAGUGUUUUGUAACACCUCCAGAAAGUCCAUCAGAACUUUCUGUAGAUAGUGUCGAUACAGAAGAUUAUCAUUUGUUUCUAUUGGGAAAUGAGCCAACAAAACGAGACCUAGAUGUAUUAAAUGCAAUAUUUCAUGUUGAUAUAAACAAGGAAACUUAUCCGUAUAUUUACUCUUGGAAAGCAGCUGUUUUACGGUAUUCUAACGAAGAAAUGGAUCAUUUCCCAUCACCAUCAGCAAUUGUUAAAAAGUCAUUAUCAUUCUCAAUUACCGAACGACUGCCAACUCCUAGAAGUCUCUUCAAUUCACCGUCACGUCCAUCGUCUAUACUGAAAAAUAAAACAAUGGAAAAUCUAAUUUUGUAUCGAGAAAAUCGAAAAGACGUUAGUUUCACAUCGCCAGAUGCAAAUGAAAAUAGUACUUGCAGUGAAUUAGCAUGGAUGAAUGUAUCUACUUGAAGUUAAUUUUAUUUACUUUUAUUUUUUUGUUUGAACUAUAAAUGUUUUUUAUUUUAUUUUAUUCAUCAUUAAUCAAAAAUUUUAAAAGCAGUAUUGUUUCUGCAUUACUAAAAAAAUAAGGAAAAAUGAACAAAAACAAAAAUUGAUACUUUGCAUUUCAUAAAACAUAUAAACAUAAAUAUUGUUCGGCCAAAUUAAUUAUUUUAUCAUUAAAAAGUUUUUUAUUUUCCUUCUUUGUUUCCUUAAUAUCGAUUAAAAAUAUAUUUUUCUUAUCGAAUGCAUUUUUUAAAA